AUGCCGCUUCGUAUAGUAAUCUGUGGGGAUGACUCUGUGGGCAAACUGACGCUAUUGGCGUCCUUUGUCAAGGAGGAGUACGUUCCCUCGGUGCAAGGCUUGAUACCGCCAGUUACCAUCUCGAGAGAUGAUUAUGUCACUAUGAGCGAGUCGAUUUCUGAGGAUUCAGAGGCUGACAGAGAUCUGUCGUCGUUACUGCAGUACAUUCCUCAGACAACGGUUAUCGUUGACACUCAGGCCUCAGACCAUAUAACUCUAAACAAAGAACUCAAGCAGGCAGAUGUGAUUCUUUUGGUGUACCUGGAUCACUACACGUACGAGAGAAUUCUGUUAUACUGGAUGCCGUUCUUUCGUGCCCUGGGCGUGAACUUGCCGGUAAUCGUGUGUGCCAAUAAGAGUGACCUUCACGGACUGACUGAAAAACCAAUAUCUUUCAAACAGCAAAAUACAGAGGAGUUCGUGCCCUUGAUUAAUGACUUCAAGGAGAUCGAGGCUUGUGUGAAAUGCAGUGCCAAGACUGGUUCUAACGUUGUGGAUGCGUUCUACUUGUGCCAGAGAGCAGUGACGCAUCCUAUAUCGCCGAUCUUCGACUCGAAGGAAGGUAAUUUGAAACCUGCUGCAGUGGAUGCAUUGAAACGAGUCUUCUUUCUAUGUGACACAGACCAGGAUGGCUAUUUGUCCUAUCAAGAGUUCUCGGACCUUCAUUCAAAGUGCUUUGGACAAUCCGCUUCUCAAGAAGAAUUCAAUGAUAUUGUCACGAACCUCAGUACUAUAAUUUUACCACAGGAUGGGGAGCCUAAAGGCAUCUCAGAGAAUGCUUUCAUUAUUUUGAACAAAAUGUACGCCGAGAAGGGCCGCCACGAGACUAUUUGGGGUAUCUUGAGAGCCUUUCACUACACAAAUUCUCUAUCAUUGAACGAUAAGUUUCUUUUUCCCGGUAUUGAGGUUUCAGAGAAUUCCAGUGUCGAGCUCAGUCCUAUCGGCUACAGAUUUUUCGUUGACUUGUUUCUCAAAUUUGAUAAGGAUAACGACGGAGGUCUCAAUGAAGAAGAGCUCACGAACCUAUUUCUUCCAACACCCGGCAUUCCCAAGAUCUGGAGAGAGUCGAACUUUCCCUCAUCUAUAGUAUGCAAUGAGAGAGGGUAUGUCUCCUUGCAAGGAUGGUUGGCGCAAUGGAAUCUCACUACAUUCCUCGAUCAUAAAACUACUCUAGAAUAUCUUGCAUAUUUGGGUUUUGACGAAGGUGUAUCCACAAAGGCUAUUAGAGUCACUAAGCAACGCAAGCUUCGGCAGAAACAAGGAAAGCAGUAUCGCGGCUCUGUCAAUGAUAGGAAUGUUUUCAACUGCUUCAUAUUGGGCGCACCGCAAUCAGGAAAGACGUCAUUACUUGAGCAAUUCAUCAGAGGAACAUAUAGUGAAUACUACCUGCCAACAAUUCAGCCAAAGAUAUGCGUGAAGGAUAUCGAGCUACGAGGAGGAAAGCAAUGUUAUCUAAUUCUCGAAGAAUUAGGCCAGCUUGAGCCCGCGAUUUUAGAGAAUAGGGCUGCUUUGAAUAAGUGUGAUGUUAUCUGCUACACCUACGAUUCAUCAGAUCCUGACUCUUUCCAGUAUCUUGUUGACCUCAGAAAGAAGUAUCUGAAGUUCUUAGAUGAGAUUCCUUCAGUAUUUGUUGCAUUGAAAGCAGACCUCGAUAAACAGCAGCAGAGGUCAGAUGUUCCUCCCGAGAACUACACAAGAGACUUGUUUUUAGGGUCACCUUUACAUAUCUCCAGUUCCUGGACUACUUCACUUCAUGAACUUUUUAUUCAAUUGGUCGAUGCAGCAAAAGAUCCUAGAAUCUCUACUCCAGGGCUAGAAACUCAUCCAGAUACAACCGAUUUUGAAAGCCUCAAACAUUAUUUAAUUGCUGGAGGAGCUAUUGGCUUCAUGGCCAUCUUCUCUGUCUGGAUAUGGAGAAGUGCGCACAUAGUGAAGCACUAG